AUGGUCGCUCCACCCGCCACCGGGGGUGCCGCACCUGCGACUACAGCCCUCAAGACCAACCCCGCCCCUCGAGUCAAUGGUGUUGGUUCUAAUAUGGCCACUCCAUCGUUUCCAUACAGUGCUCGUCAUGCAACUCCCCUCGAUUUGCGAACGGUGGAGCGCAAGGGCCACCCCUCCAGUCGUGAUCCUCCCACGAGAAGUCGGCCUCACGGUCUGACGGAAGCGCCCACCUACAGACCAACUGAAGCGGAAUUUCGCGAUCCCAUGGAGUAUAUCCGAAGCAUAUACGACCAAGCGAGUAAAUACGGGAUUUGCAGGAUUAUUCCACCAGAUAACUGGAACCCAGACUUUGCCAUUGACACGGAGCGGUUCCAUUUUCGGACGAGGAGGCAGGAAAUCAAUCUGGUCGAGGGAGGAAAUCGAACCAAUCUCAACUACCUGGACCAGCUCGCCAAAUUUCACAAGCAGUAUGGCGCGCAUCUCAAUCGAUUCCCAAGUGUUGACAAGCGCCCACUCGACCUAUACAAACUCAAAAAGGCGGUCGAAGUACGAGGUGGUUUCGAGCGUGUCUGCAAAGAUAAAAAGUGGGCUGAGAUCGGAAGGGACUUGGGAUAUAGUGGAAAGAUCAUGUCCUCAUUGUCGACUUCCCUAAAGAAUUCCUACCAACGGUGGUUGCAUCCAUAUGAAGAGUGGCUGAAAUAUGCCAAACCAGGAGUUCACCAACAACUCGAGAACGAACACGGAGGCUCUUAUUCGCCACAUGUGCCACCUCAUCAAUCUCCUAUGAGCCAUUCAGUACCUCCCCAAUCUGCUCAAUCUACGCAAUCUGCGCCUCCUCCCAUGAGCACGGGCUCACCUGCCAUACAGCCAGCUUUGGCUCCGAGCCCUUCGACCCAGAAUUCGAUUCCUCCGGCACAAGCGCAACAACAUCAACAAACCCCUGCAAUUCUCCAUCCACCACCAGCUCCCACCCCACAACCACGGCCUGUAUCUUCCUCCGGCUUCACUGCCGUCAACAGUGGCUUUGCAGCGGUAAACAACGCCGGUGGUUUCACAGCGGUGAAUCAUGUACCGCCCCCAGUCGUCAAGACCGAAGCAAAUGGCAUCCCAUCAAUGCCCCAGAAUUCAGCAAAUCCUUUCGUCACUAUCAACCCCCCAACUAUAACGACCAUUCGCCCCAGCAACCCUAUAGCAAACGGGGCGUCAAACCCUCUGAAGAGGACAAUGAGCCAUGAUAGCUUCAAUGGUGAUUCCGGAUCAGAGGGGUUAGACACUGAGGUUGACGGCGCAAACGGCAGAAGGAGUAAACGUCCUAAGAAGGAUGCCCCCCCUGUAAUCCCUGGUAACCAUAUUCCUGCCAUGCGAUCAUCGACUCCUCAAGUUCGAGCCAAGUCUCUGCAGAGAAGACACGGUGAUAAGUGUGAGAAAUGUGGCAAAUCUGACAACAGAGAGAGUAUCCUCGUUUGUGAUAGCUGCGAUCUGGGGUACCACAUGCAUUGCGUUGAGCCACGACUGAGUCAAUUACCAGACUUUGACUGGCAUUGCUCUAAAUGCCUGGUUGGUACCAACGACUACGGAUUCGAGGAAGGUAGCGUCUACUCGUUGAAGCAGUUCCAGGAGAAAGCAAAUAUUUUCAAAGACAACUAUUUCGCUGCCCGCACGUAUUUCGACCCGGUCACGAAUGCUCAACGGAGACCCACCGAAGACGAUGUAGAAAGGGAGUUUUGGCGUCUUGUCGAAGAUAUUACUGAAUCAGUUGAGGUGGAAUACGGUGCCGACAUCCAUUCCACAACCCAUGGCAGCGGCUUCCCCAGUGUCGAGAAGGAACCCUUGAACCCAUACUCAAAAGAUCCCUGGAACCUCAACGUCAUGCCAUUUUUGGAAGAGUCCUUGUUCAGACACAUCAAAGGCGACAUUUCGGGAAUGACCGUGCCUUGGCUUUAUGUUGGGAUGUGUUUUUCAACGUUUUGCUGGCACAACGAGGAUCAUUACGCAUAUUCGGCGAACUAUCAGCACUUUGGCGCCACGAAGACAUGGUAUGGAAUACCUGGUAAGGACGCGUAUGCCUUUGAAGCUGCUAUGCGAAAGGCAGUUCCAGAGCUCUUUGAAACGCAACCUGAUCUACUCUUCCAGCUGGUCACGAUUCUCCCACCAAACCAGCUGAGAAAAGCAGGUGUUGAAGUUUAUGCUCUUGAUCAACGAGCUGGCCAAUUUGUGAUCACCUUCCCUCAAGCGUAUCAUGCGGGAUUCAAUCAUGGGUUCAAUUUCAAUGAAGCGGUCAAUUUUGCUCCCGCCGAUUGGGAGCCAUUUGGAGAUGCCGGCAUCCAAAGGCUCCAAGAAUUCCGCCGUCAGCCAUGCUUUUCUCAUGAUGAACUCCUCUUUACGGCAGCUGCAUCAGAUACUACUAUAAAGACUGCAAAAUGGUUAGGACCAGCUCUGGAAAGAACACGAGAUCGAGAACUGGUUGAGCGAGAAAAAUUCAUCGCCUUGCACAAGUCUUUACGCCCUCAUGAGGAUUGCACUUUCGACACACUUGCUACCGAUCCACCAUACGCUUGUGGAUUGGUGAUAAAGGUCGAAAAUGUAGAGCUGGAAGAAGAAGAGUAUCAAUGCUGUUAUUGCAAGGCAUUCUCUUAUCUUUCUCAGUUCCGUUGCCAUAAUAGCGGAAGAAUUACCUGCCUUCUGCACCCUGAUGUCGCUGAUUGCUGUGCUGAGACUCCCCAGGAGCGAUUGUUAGGCCCAAAUCACAGCCUACUACUGCGUUACACGAACCAUGAGCUAAACAGUGUGGUGCAGAAAGUUGUGGACAAAGCCAAUGUGCCCGAAGCAUGGGAGGCUAAACUUGAAGCGCUCCUUACGGAAGACGCCGCACCCGCACUGAAGUCGAUGCAUACGCUGUUGACCGAAGGAGAGAAGAUUCCAUACCAUCUUAAUGGACUUGACGACCUAGCCGAAUUCGUGAAAAGAUGCGAUCAGUGGGUAGAGGAAGCGAACCUCUAUUUGACGCGCAAACAGCAGAACAGACGCAAGACCGACAAGACACUCCGGCGAUCAUCCAUUCGCAACGGCAAAAGCGACGAGAAGGAUGAACCACAAUUGACGUUGGAACGAAUGAAAGAGUUGAUCCAGGAUGGAGAGCAACUCAGUUUCAGUGCCCCACAAUUUGAAAGCCUCCAGGAGAAGGUCCAAGUAAUCGACGAAUGGAGAGCCAAUGUCAAGCGAAUUCUGUCAGGAAUGAUGCAAGCAACCACAGAAGAACUGGAUACUCUCCUCGAGGAAGGUCGGGGAUUCAUGGCAGCCGUGCCUGAACUCACAAGCCUCGAAAAGGUCCACGCCAGAACUCUGUGGCUGGAGGAAGCUCGGCUUGUUCAAAAGGAUGUGCACAAUAAAACCUUGAACGAAUGCCGAGAGCUCCUGAAGCGGAUUCACGACCUGGAGAUCAUUGCCCAAGUGCCGGAGGUCGUGUUCUUAACCGAAGUGGUACGUCAAGGUGACUUCUGGGAGAUCAAAGCUGAGGAAGUCAUGGCUGCCGAAGAUGUUCAUUAUCCACAGCUGGAGUCGUUACAUUCACAGGUACAGAACCAACAAUUCCCGGUCAACAAGGAUACAUUGGCGCGGAUGGACGCGAUCUUGGCUAGGAAUCGAGAGGCAAAGCGCCAGAUCAUCACUCUUGUUGAACGAGCCCACGAUCCAGAUUUCCGGAAACGCCCUGAAUAUGUCUAUGUCCGAGACGUGGUCAAAGGGUUUGAAGACCUCAAUGGGAAGCCCCAUGGAGCUGCUGAUCUAGAAAAAGAACUUCGAAGACAUGAAGACUGGAUGCGAAGAGGCAAGAAGCUAUUUGGUAAAGCGAAUGCGCCACUCCAUAUUCUCGAGCAGCACAUGAAGUUUGUGGAUGAAAAGAACAGCUUUUGUUUUGAUCUGAACGACACUUUUCGUCCUCCAGUGGAGCCGGCGUCAAGGGAAGCAACACCGACUGAUGGUCAGGAACGGAACGCGAUCGGUGACGAUGAGAAGCCUGUUUUCUGCAUCUGUCGAGCCCCUGAAGCAGGUCUUAUGAUUGAGUGUGAGAUCUGUCAUGACUGGUACCAUGCAAAGUGCUUGAAACUGGCGAGAGGCAAAGUCAAGGAAACAGAAAUGUUUACAUGCCCUAUAUGUGACUGGCGCGUCAAAAUACCUCGUGAUGCCGCCCGUCCCAAAUUGGAAGAUCUUCAGGAUUGGCAGAACGAAAUCGCUGACCUACCUUUUCAACCUGAGGAAGAAGAACUUCUCAAGAGAAUCAUUGACAAGGCGCAGAAUUUCCGGGAGUUCUUGCAACAAUAUACGAGCGGAAACCAGCUCUGCAGGACAAUUGAAGAGAUGCCGGAAAUGUUAUUUUAUCUGCGAAAGAUUGAGGGUGCAGAGGUCCUUCUAGCAUAUGAGACAAACAUCUUCCGACAAGCACUACAUGCCUGGCAACCUAUUGCGCCCGAGCCACCACCAAUCUUGGACCAGAGCUUGUCCACUCGAAAACCUCGCCCAACCAAGCAGCAGAAGCUGAUGAAAGAACUUGGAGUGGAGAAACCCGAAGACCUUCCACCUCACCUUAGGACGAAGACAUAUGUACGCAGGAAGACUCAAGAAUCGUUUGUUACGGGGCCGCUUCUUCCCAAGCCUUCUACACAAUCUCCAUCGGCACCAGGGUCAGCGGCAAGCCCGAGCCAAAGCCAUAUCGCCGGCAACGUUGAGACAGCGGGUGCGAUGCAACGGCAAGGGUCGGCUGGUAAUCCGGCCUCUGCUGGGGGGUAUGAACCUGGAUAUAUCUCAGGUUCGACACCUUACGGCGGUGCAUUUGGGGCCAACCGACCAGGCUCUUUCCCACCGCGUUCCCCGUCACCAAUGUUUAGUCCCGCGAGAGACGGGCCAGCCGAAGGAUUGAGAGAUCCAAUGAUGCCAGCAUUUAGGGGAGAGACCAGUACAGAGCCACAAAACCUCGAUACAUCUUUCCCUAUGUUCCGGCCUGACGAAGGUCUGGGCUUAGAUGGAGAUGACGAUCUUCACAACGGACUGGCUACUGUGAGUGCAAGCGAGGCCAAUUCAGCACAUGGCGGAUCACCACCUGGUGGAGGCGAAUAUGACAAUAUGUUCAUGGAGAUGACCAGUCACGAUGCAGAUGGCAAUAAUGACACUGUACCUAGCCUUGAGCAGGAAACAAGUCAUGCAAGCGAAGCUCUCGACAUGAUCAGGACUGCCAGCCAUGAAGCUAGCAACGAUCCUGCAGAGCUGGGAGAUGGGGAUGUUUCGAAGCACUUUGAUGACUUUAUCAAUGGGGACGAACAGAGUUAG